AUGGCAUGUUUGGAUUACAGCAGGCUUAGUGUGGUGGCCACCACAGAAAACUGUAUGAAAAGAUUCAGGAUAAAGUCAUGGGUAGAUAAGAUGCAAGAAGAUCUUGUAACUUUAGCACGAACUGCAAGUGGAGUGGACCAGCUUGCUGCGAUCUAUUUGAAAAACAAGGAUUUGUAUACUGUAGAAGCCAACAACCCUCGUCAGCUAGUGGAAAUUGCAGCCAGAGACAUUGAAAAACUUCUGAGUAACAGGUCUAAAGCCUUGGUGCGCCUCGCUAAAGAAGCAGAGAAGUACCAAGCGUCACAUCAGUGGAGGGAUGAGUUUGGGAAUAAUGAUAUAAUCUAUUACAAUGCAAAAGAUGAUCAGAAUGAUCCUGAAAAGAAUGACACUGAAUCUGGCAGCCAGAGAAUCAGACCAGUAUUUGAAGAAGAUCCUGUUUUCCGACGGCAAACAUCUUACCAACAUGCAGCAGUCCACAUACCAACAGAUAUUUAUGAAGGCUCAACAAUAGUGUUAAAUGAACUGAACUGGACUGCAGCAUUGGAUGACGUGUUCAAGCGGAACAGAGAAGAAGACCCCACUUUAUUAUGGCAGGUUUUUGGUAGUGCAACUGGCCUCGCCAGGUAUUACCCAGCUUCCCCAUGGGUAGAUAAAAGUCGAACUCCAAACAAAAUAGAUCUCUAUGAUGUUCGCAGAAGACCAUGGUAUAUCCAAGGAGCUGCAUCUCCCAAAGACAUGCUUAUUUUAGUUGAUGCGAGUGGGAGUGUCAGUGGAUUGACAUUGAAGCUGAUCCGCACUUCGGUCAUUGAGAUGUUAGAGACACUGUCUGACGAUGACUUUGUGAAUGUAGUUUCAUUUAACAAUAAUGCUCAGAACGUCAGUUGCUUUAAUCAUCUUGUCCAAGCUAAUGUGAGGAACAAGAAGAAGCUGAAAGAAGCUGUCUAUAAAAUCUCUGCUAAAGGAAUUACAGAUUACAAAAAAGGCUUUAGCUAUGCUUUUGAACAGCUGCUAAAUCACAGUGUCUCUAGAGCUAACUGCAAUAAGAUUAUUAUGUUGUUUACGGAUGGUGGUGAAGAAAGAGCACAAGAAAUUUUCCAUAAAUAUAAUGAAGACAAAAAAGUACGUGUGUUCACAUUUUCUGUUGGUCAACAUAAUUAUGACAAAGGACCCAUACAGUGGAUGGCCUGUGAAAAUAAAGGUUAUUAUUAUGAAAUUCCAUCCAUUGGAGCCAUAAGAAUAAACACGCAGGAAUAUCUGGAUGUUUUGGGAAGACCAAUGGUUUUAGCUGGAGAGAAAGCCAAACAAGUCCAAUGGACAAAUGUCUAUCUGGAUGCUCUGGAGCUGGGCCUUGUGAUUACAGGAACUCUACCUGUCUUCAAUCUAACAAAGGAACAAAAUGGGAAAAUAAAUCAGCUGAUUCUUGGAGUAAUGGGGGUUGAUGUCUCUUUGGAGGACAUAAAAAAACUGACACCUCGAUUUACACUUUGCCCAAACGGAUACUAUUUUGCAAUUGAUCCUAAUGGGUAUGUGCUACUUCAUCCAAAUCUCCAACCAAAGCAAAUUGGUGUGGGCAUACCAAAAGUUAAAUUGAGAAAAAGGAGACCCAAUGUACAGAAUCCUAAAUCCCAGGAGCCUGUUACGCUGGAUUUUCUAGAUGCGGAAUUGGAAAAUGAUAUUAAAGUUGAGAUUCGGAAAAAAAUGAUAGAUGGAGAAAGUGGAGAAAAAACAUUUGAAACACUGGUCAAGUCCCAAGAUGAGAGAUAUAUUGAUAAAGGAAACAGAACAUAUACGUGGACUGCUGUGAAUGGCACUGAUUACAGUUUGGCAUUGGUAUUACCAUCAUACAGCUUUUAUUAUAUUAAAGCCAAAAUAGAAGAACCAAUAACUCAAGCCAGAUGUAAGUACAAUGAAGAUUCAGAAACACUGAAGCUUGAUAAUUUUGAUGAAGCUGGCUAUACGUUUAUAGCACCAAGAGAGUACUGUACUGAUGUAAAGAAGUCAGAAAACAACACUGAAUUUCUAUUAAAUUUCAACGAAUUUAUUGACAGAAAUACUCCAAGCAGUCCAUCAUGUAAUACUGAUAUGGUCAUUAGAGUUUUGCUGGAUGCAGGAUUUACAAAUGAACUUGCCCAAAAUUAUUGGAGUAAGCUGUCUCUUGAUGGAGUUGUUGCACAAUUUGUUGUUACAGAUGGUGGAAUUACACGAGUGUUCCCCAAAAGGGCAGGAGAAGAUUGGUUGGAAAAUGCUGAAACUUAUGAAGUCAGCUUCUAUAAACGGAGUUUAGAUAAUGACAACUAUAUUUUCACAGCCCCAUACUACAACAAAAGCGGUGCCAAUAGCUAUGAAACAGGUAUUAUGGUAAGCAAGGCUGUGGAAAUAACAAUUAAUGGGAAGCUUCUGAAACCAGCAGUUGUUGGAAUAAAAAUUGACGCAACCAGCUGGAUGGAAAAUUUCACAAAAACCACAAUCAAGAGCUUGUGCAACAGUGAAAUCUGUGGCUGUGAGAGAAACAGUAUGCAUGUGGACUGUGUUAUCCUUGAUGAUGGUGGCUUUCUUUUGAUGUCAAAUCGGGAUGAAUAUACACAACAGAUUGGAAGAUUCUUUGGUGAAAUUGAUCCUGGCCUGAUGAGAAACCUGAUUAACAUGUCCCUGUAUGCCUUUAAUAAGUCAUAUGACUAUCAAUCGGUCUGCGAUCCCGAAGAGGAACCAAAGCAAGGAGCUGGACUUCGUUCUGCUUAUGUGCCUACGAUAACGGAUAUUUUGCAUCUAGGAUGGUGGGCUUCAGCAGCUGCCUGGUCUAUCUUACAGCAGCUGUUUUUGAGCUUGACUUUUCCACGUUUCCUUGAAGCAGCUGAUAUGGAAGAUGAUGAUUUUGGUGCUGCCCUGCCUAAAACAAGCUGUAUCACUGAGCAAACUCAGUAUUUCUUUGAAAACGAUGAUAAAUCCUUUGGUGGGAUAGUAGACUGUAUAAACUGCUCCAGACUUUAUCAUGCAGAGAAGAUUUCAAACACCAAUCUAGUAUUCAUUAUUAGUGACAGCCAACUGCUGUGCCGCUCCUGUGACCCAAAGCCACUGAUGCAAGCAGAGAAGCCGGAUGAAGGGCCAAAUCCUUGUGAAAUGGUCAAACAACCUAGAUACAGAAAGGGUCCUGAUGUCUGUUUUGAUGAAGCCAAACAGGAUCAGCCUAUAUGCACAACGAGUCGUGCCUCUGCCAUGACGUCUGCUCCUAUCUUCAUUUUUCUGCAAGUUUUCAUGUGGUGUGGAUGGAAGAUUCAGCUGACUGCGGUGGUGUCUCUGGUCUGA